AUGCGAACACCAGAAGUAGUAGAAAUAGUGAUGACACAAAUUGAGCAGAAGCAUCGAGCACUUUGGCACAUAAAUGCUCGAGCGGUGAAACAGACUGAAGGUGAACCAGAACGCCUGACACAUGAGGUUGUGAUCGACGUGGUUGUUCGUUGUGGAGCCGACGGCGAAGUGACUGCAUGGAUGACGAGUGGUGGCAUGUUGGAGUCGUCGCGGUUGGUGGCACAAGCGCUGAGUUAG